UUCCCGAACCCUCUCUCUCCCUCCCUGCAACUGGUUCGACCGGAGCCCGAGCGAUCGACGUCAGUUCCGGCAGCCGGCGGCGGUCCCCGGAUGUUUGCGGGCCGGAUUAACCCCGGAAAUGCCGGGUGAAGCCGGUGGGAGCGGAGCGCUGCAGCAACCGCCAUCCGGCCUCAGCAACCUCCGCCACUCACAGCGGCGCCGGGCCCGAGCAGCUGAGGGCGGCCGCACCGGCAGGGGCAGGGCGGGCGGCCUGCGCCCGGACCCGAUCCCCGUCCCCGGCUGCAGUGAUGUCGGCCGAGAUCAUCGAUACCCCGCAGGCGUUGCACUUCGAGGAGAUCGACUACAAUGAGAUCGAUGUGGAGGAGGUUGUUGGGAGAGGAGCCUUUGGAGUUGUCUGCAAAGCAAAGUGGCGUGGAAAAGAUGUAGCUAUAAAGCAAAUUGAAAGUGAAUCGGAGAGGAAAGCAUUCAUUGUGGAGCUUCGACAGUUGUCACGUGUAACGCACCCAAAUAUUGUGAAACUCUACGGAGCCUGUUUAAAUCCAGUAUGCCUUGUAAUGGAAUAUGCAGAGGGAGGCUCCCUUUAUAAUGUGCUACAUGGAGCUGAGCCUUUACCAUAUUACACUGCUGCCCAUGCAAUGAAUUGGUGUUUACAGUGUGCACAAGGAGUGGCAUACUUACAUGGCAUGAAACCCAAGGCUUUAAUCCACAGGGACCUCAAACCACCAAACUUGCUGCUGGUUGCUGGUGGGACAGUUCUGAAGAUCUGUGACUUCGGCACGGCCUGUGAUAUUCAAACUCACAUGACCAACAACAAGGGAAGUGCUGCUUGGAUGGCUCCAGAAGUUUUUGAAGGAAGUAAUUAUAGCGAAAAGUGUGAUGUCUUCAGCUGGGGCAUUAUUCUGUGGGAAGUAAUAACUCGCCGAAAACCUUUUGAUGAAAUUGGUGGUCCUGCAUUUCGUAUCAUGUGGGCUGUCCAUAAUGGUACUCGACCACCUCUAAUCAAAAAUCUACCUAAGCCAAUUGAAAGUUUAAUGACCCGUUGUUGGUCAAAAGACCCUGCACAGCGCCCAUCAAUGGAGGAGAUAGUGAGGAUAAUGACUCAUUUAAUGAAGUAUUUCCCAGGAGCUGAUGAACCUCUUCAGUACCCAUGCCACUAUUCAGACGUGAGCCAGAGCAACUCUGCUACAAGCACAGGAUCUUUCUUGGAAAUUACCUCCACAAAUACCAGUAACAAGAGUGAUGCCAAUGCAGAACCUAGUGACUUGCAUGCAAAUACUACCAACGACACAAUCAAGCGUUUAGAAUCAAAGAUGGCCCAGUCGCUUAAACUCACAUCCAAGCAAUCGGGUGACUCUACAAGAUUAAAUCUGCCGCUGUCUCGAGGGAGCAGUGUGGAGAGCCUUUCCGGAGGACGAACACAAUCAGCUGCUGCUACUCUGGAGGGAAAGAGAUUGAGUGCUGACCUCAGCAAUUAUUCUGAAUUGGAGGCCAGAAUCAUGAAUGCUACUACAGCCCGUCCAAAACCAAAACGAGGCCACCGUAAAACUGCUUCAUUUGGUAACAUACUGGAUGUUCCGCAGAUCGUCAUAUCAGCAGGCAGUGAACAACAAAGGCGCAGGUCAAUUCAGGACUUAACAAUUAUUGGAACUGAAUCUAAUCAGGGCAGCAGAAAUAGCAGCCGCUCAUCUAGUCCGAGUGUGAGGAUGAUCACUGCCACGGGAACUCCUUCUGAGAAAACUACUCGCAACUAUGCAUGGACACCAGAUGAAUUAACAGAUACAAAUGGUUCUGAUAACUCUAUCCCAAUGGCAUAUCUUACGCUGGAUCACCAGUUACAGCCACUAGCCCCAUGUCCAAACUCCAAAGAAUCCAUGUCUGUAUUUGAGCAGCAUUGCAAAAUGGCUCAGGAAUACCUGAAAGUUCAAACUGAAAUAGCAUUGUUACUACAGAGAAAGCAAGAAUUAAUAGCAGAACUGGACCAGGAUGAAAAAGAUCAACAGAAUACCUCCCGACUGGUUCAAGAACAUAAGAAGCUUUUGGAAGAAAACAAAAGUUUAUCUACAUACUAUCAAGAAUGUAAGAAGCGGCUAGAAUACAUAAGAGCCCAGCAGCAAAAGCGGCAGGGCACAUCCUGAGGCAAUGGAAUGCAUGGGCCCUUGUAUCUAUGCUACAUGCCCGAGACUAUUGCUUAGUCACACAAAGACUGAUUUUAUUGGGAGAUGACCUGUUAUGGAUAACUUAAUUCAGUGUUCGGGCCUUUCUGUUGUGUUCUGGAAGUGGAUUUCUGUGCAUCUCCAUUGCAGCCUUGUACAUCUGACAAACAUUGUCUUUAGUUGAUUUUUUUUUAAAUAGGUUAGUAUUUAAUUUCAUUCCAUGCAUAUUUUAGUUCGAUCACCAAUUAGAUUUGAGAGAUGUUUUAGAUAAAAUUGUGGCAAUAAAUUAUUUGUAAGAAACUGCAAUUCAGUUAAGAUGUUACAAGAAGGGAAGGGAAUAUCUAAACCAAAACAAACUGAUUGUUAUGCCCCACUGAUCAUUCUUACCUGUUAUGGACUUAAUUGCUCAUAAUGCUGGAUGCUAAUGUGCCUUGGAGGCUAGCAGUAUUUUCCUUUGGUCACCAUAUGUUAACUAUAAUAUUCUUUAAUUGGGACAGAUCUGCAGUAAUGGUAGCUGUCCAGUGCUCUAUGCUAAUUAAAAAAAAAGAUCCUAUUGCUGGAUAUUUUGGAACGUUCUGAAAGUAUCCAGUAGUAUUAAUCUCUGAGGUAUUUGUAAUGUGAAAUUAAAUAGAGUGCAUUGAGCAUAGCUAUUCCAAACUCAUAUUGCACAGUUUGUCCUACAGAAGGAGAAACACUUUUUUAAAAAAGAAUUCCAGAAGCUUUUAUAAACUGAAAACAGCAGUAUCUUGAUAGCUGUCUUCGGUGCUGAUGCCACUACACUAACUUUGUUUUUUCACUGAUGUGGACGGUAUGUGUCAUACAGCCUUAAGUUUUAAAUGUUAAAUAAAUAUAUAUAUGUAGAAAAUUAUCUUGGACAUAACAGUUAUGUUAGAAAGCUAAAUCUGAAGUAAGUAAAAGUCAUUCAUGAAGCAUAUGGGGUGAUCCAGUGUGCAGGGAACAGUACUCACAAUGCACUCAGCCCAAUAACCUUUUAUAUUCUGUGAUGUGUUUCCUGGGAAUACUGGAUCAAUGAACCAUCCUUGUAUGCUUUAUUUUAUGCCGUCCUAAAGUUAGGCUCUAAAAUUUAUCUGUAGGGAAAUUGAAGAUUUGUCCAAGAGAUGAUUACAGAUUUGUUGAAGCGGCACGGUAGCGUAGCGGUUAGCGCGACGCUAUUACAGCGCCAGCGAUCGGGGUUCGAUUCCCGUCGCUGUCUGUAAGGAGUUUGUACAUUCUCCCGUGUCUGCGUGGGUUUCCUCCGGGUGCUCCGGUUUCCUCCCACAUUGCAAAGACGUACGGGUAGGUUAAUUUGGGUUUAAAAUGGGCGGCGUGGACUCGUUGGGCCGGAAGGGCCUAUUACCACACUGUAAAUAAAAAAAAAUUAAAGUUUUCUUUUAUUGUAUAAUUGGCCACCACAAAAUAAUACCCCUAUGGAUUUUAGCAGAGUGGUAUUUUUUUCAAUAAUCAGGUUUGAAAGUAUGUUCACAUAACAAAAUGGAACUUGGUUGAAGACAACAAGUUGGACAAAUUGCACUUUAUUUUUUUCUUAGCAUGGAGCAUGGAUGGGCUUGUGAGACAUGCAGCUGGGCCAGGUGGAGUUAGCAGUACUGUAAUUGUUUACAUUCUCUAAAUUAGCAUUGGCAGAGGAUCCACAAAGGAUUUAUUAAUGUGACAUAAGUGAAAUGUUGGUUGCUUUGGUAGAUCCAGCCUGAGCAGAACCUUACGGUUAGUUGCUCAGCCAGACACUUGCUCAUUCUUAUGGGAGAUAGGUCAUUAUAAUUCUGGAAGUUACAACCACAAUUUCAAAGCAAGUAUUUUUGUUAGAGAUGGUAUCCUUUUUGAAGGAUGUAUAUAAGCUGGAUUAAAACAAUCGGAUAAGAA